AUGGAACUACGUGUUCAUCUGAAAGUGGAGAAUGUCUUCACGGCUGCACACCUGGCUACACAGCAGUUGUUUGUUCUCAAGUUCCUGAAGAUCACCGUGAUUUCCAAUCAAAAUGAUCAAACGCCUUCGGGAGAGAAAACUUGUUCAGAAAUGAUUAACGAAGACGGCAGUUUUGAAUUUGAUGAUGACGACGCUAUCGAAAAGGAAAAUGUAAUAAGGUCUGAAGAAAAUGGAGGAGUGUAUUACAACAAUGCACUUGAGGUUAACAAAACAAAAGUUAAAGUUGACGAGUUACCUUUGUAUGUCACAGCAAAACCGAAAAGCUCGUUCCAGGAAGAAUUUGAGAGAAUUCCAAACGGUCUUACAAAACCUUACGAAGAUUCACAACAGGCGAGAAAUAUGUCACGAAACAGAUAUAAAGGAAUUUACCCAUAUGACGAUUCACGCGUGAAGGUUUGGUUCGAUGGAUCUGAUUACAUUAACGCAAGUGUUAUCGAUGGCUUCAAUGAAAGAAAUGCGUACAUUGCAACUUUAGGCCCGAUGUCAAAGCAACUCGGAGACUUUGGGCUGUUUUGGGAAAUGGUUUGGCAGCAACACGUUGAAAAAGUCGUCAUGGUUACCAAUUUAAUUGAAGAAAAGAAAGUAAAAUGUGACCAAUAUUGGCCGAAUGUUGAAUCGUCCGCUCUUUAUGGAAAUGUUUACGUUAUUUGUCUGUCAGAAGAAAAGUACGCUGAAUUUACUAGACGAACUUUUCAAAUAUCAAGGAAUUCGGAAGGGAGAGAACUCCACCAGUUCCAUUUCACGUGUUGGCCAGAUAGACGUGUUCCUGAGGAUGUUGCUCCUCUUGUGGAGUUUAGGAAAAUGGUCCUGAAUACAAAGACAAAGCUGAACGGUCCAACACUGGUCCACUGCAGUGCUGGUGUUGGACGAACGGGCACCUACAUUGCCUUUGAUAUUUUGACGAAGGAAGGAGAAGCAGAGGGAAGUAUAAACGUCCCCGGAUGUGUGCUUAACAUAAGACAAAAUAGGCCAAAUAUGAUACAGACAUGGCAAACCCAGUUCACUGCAGAACAAUAUUCAGAGAAAGAAUCACAGGCAAUCGAGAGGAACAAAAAGCUCAAGGCCAAAAUCAGAGUGAAUGCUGACUUUCACCGGUGA